GUCACUUCCGCGCGCCGCUCAUACGUCAGUGUUGGGCGCGUACAACGGUGGUGUGGCUUGAUUUUUAAAGUUGGGGCUUAGUGAUCUGUUGUGAGCCAUGGAGAGUGACUUUUACCUGCGUUACUACGUGGGUCACAAAGGCAAGUUUGGUCACGAGUUCCUGGAAUUUGAGUUUCGACCCGACGGGAAAUUGAGGUAUGCCAACAACAGCAAUUACAAAAAUGACGUCAUGAUCAGAAAAGAGGCUUAUGUACAUAAAAGUGUGAUGGAGGAACUGAAGAGAAUCAUUGAUGACAGUGAAAUUACAAAAGAAGAUGAUGCUCUGUGGCCACCUCCUGACAGGGUGGGCCGGCAGGAGCUUGAAAUUGUCAUUGGAGAUGAACACAUCUCUUUCACAACAUCAAAAAUUGGUUCCCUUAUUGAUGUCAAUCAAUCCAAGGAUCCAGAAGGCUUACGAGUAUUUUAUUAUCUUGUCCAGGACCUGAAGUGUUUGGUCUUCAGUCUCAUUGGAUUACACUUCAAGAUUAAGCCAAUCUAAAUUGAAUAUUGGUGUGGACACAAGGGGUGGGUGGGAGUAGCCGUUUUUCAUUGCCAUUAUCAGGAAAUUUUUGUGUAUAUCAGGGCAAUAUUUUUUUUAUAAACUAUAAAUGAUUAUCUUUUAAAAAUAUGUGAAAAAUGCAAUUUUUACUAUUUUUAUAAACACCUGAACUUGUGA